GCGGCGGCUGAAGGGCAGCGGCGGCGAUGGGCGCUGCGGGCUGAUUGGUAAAGAUGGAAAGAGGAAGAGGAGGAGGAGGAGGAAGGAACCUGGGAGGCUCUGGCCUGCAUAGGAACAUUUAUUCCCAGUCUCAACAGCAGUACCACUACCCGGCCUCCUCCCAGGGGAGCUGCAUGGAGAUCCAGGAGCUGGCCUCCAAGAGGGUGGACAUCCAGAAGAAGCGGUUUUAUCUGGAUGUGAAACAGAGCUCCCGCGGCCGCUUCCUGAAGAUCGCCGAGGUCUGGAUAGGAAGGGGCAGACAGGACAACAUCAGGAAGAGCAAGCUGACCCUCUCCUUGUCCGUGGCUGCCGAGCUGAAGGACUGCCUGGGGGACUUCAUCGAGCACUACGCCCACCUGGGCCUGAAGGGCGGCCACGGCCACCGGCACGAGCACAGCAAUGACAAGGAGCAGCAUCCCCGGAGGCGGCCGCAGCACCCGCCGCCUUCGCCCCCCGCGUCCGUGGGCUCCGAAGAGCCGCCUCACAGCGUCCUCAAAACGGAGUACAUCGAGAGGGACAACAGGAAGUACUACCUGGACCUGAAGGAGAACCAGCGCGGGCGCUUCUUGCGGAUUAGGCAGACCAUGAGCAGGGGACCUGGCAUGAUGGGUUACUUUGGCCACAGCUUGGGACAGGAGCAGACGAUUGUCCUCCCGGCGCAAGGGAUGAUCGAGUUCAGGGAUGCUUUGGUCCAGCUGAUUGAAGAAUACGGCGAAGGGGACAUAGAGGAUCGCCGGGGGGUAGGCGACGAGCCCCCGGAGCUCCCCGAGGGCACCUCCUUCCGAGUGGACAACAAGCGCUUCUACUUCGACGUGGGAUCCAACAGGUACGGCAUCUUCCUGAAGUCCUGUACUGACUCCGGUUGCUGCAGUGGGAGCCACCGGGACCAGAGACCACCAGAGCCUGCCCACGAGACCUGGGUCAAAGUGGCAGCAGACACCUGAGCUAGGCAAGGGACCGCCACCCACAGGUAUUGUGUAUCCCAUUAUAACUCAGAGGGAAGGUGUCCACAGCUUUAUCCUGGAUAAACCACAGGAGCCCAGCUCUUUCAUCCUUCCUUGUCUGCCUCUUGGACUUUCACCUCUCGCCUGCUGCAUCCACUCCGGAUACAGGCACGUCUGUCCUGGGAUCAGCGUGUGCCAGCACGCAGUGUGCACGUAAUCCUGCUGCAUCCCGGCCUCCUCUCCAUAGCAGCAUUUAUUGCUGGUGUCAGCACAGUCAUCCCUCAGCGCUGCCAGGGGUAACCCUUGGAGCUAGCCACUGAUAAGUUCCUUCUAGCUGUCUUACUGAAAAAAAAAAGAAAUAAAAAAGAGGAGGAGGGAGGUGCUGUAGUCGCCUGAUGAACAUUUUCAUGGAUGUUGCCAGCUUUUUACUGUGGGUUACCUUGGUGAAGGCAUAUUACAGAGACUUUUCUUUUAAAAAGAGCUUAAAACUGUCUGUUUGGCAGUGCUUUGUGUUUUGUGCUGCUCUGUGUGAAACCCCAAGAAAACCCCCAGUCCAGAGGUGGUGCCCACUUAACUCCUGCCUGCGGCAUCAAGCUGCAGUUUAGCCUGUUCCUUUUGACACCUCUUCCCCGCUUUUAGGAGGCACCUUCUAAAGCUGGGAUAACCUCCCUAAACCUCCUUCCUCAGGCUCUUCACAGAGGGAAGUUUGCCCUCUUCCACCCCACUGCAGCCCUCGAGCUGCUGCAAUAGCCCUGUCUCCUUGUUCAAAACCACGCCGGCCUCUUCCUCUCAGCGAGGCUGAAGAUGCUGUGCAGAACAAAACAAGCAAGAGGCCACAAUAUGGGGAUUUUUCACUUGCCUCAGCCUAAAAACCAGCCUCCUCCAGGCUCUCAGUCUUCCAAGAGCUUCCCACCUUUCUAGCCAAGCGGUUUGUUUGCUAGAAGAAAAAUUGGUAGCUUUGUGCUAGCAAUAACUGAAGUCCCCUUUCACUAGCGCAGGCAUUUUCUCCUUUGAAUCCUCUUUGAAUGCAGAAACUAUUGUGAAAUGAGAGCGGUAAUAUCGGGAAAGGGGAAAGCAGAGUGUUCCUCUGGAUAGGGUUUGAUACAAUUUGAAGCUGCUUGUGGAAGAUUGGCUGGAAGGUAAACUGAUUUGGGCUAAAAAAGCUGGUGCUGGUAAAGUGUGUUAGUGACUCUUCAGCAGGUGGUCCAAAAUAGCUUUUUUAUGGUCUCUGACCUCUAGGAAAGAUAACUGGAUUUUUGAUCUUAGAUUGAAGGAACAAUUUCUGCUGGAAGAGACUUGUGUUCUUUAGAAACCAUCCCAGGCUGGCAUUCACUGUCAAAAACAUUUCAUGGAAGCGGACAGAAAACAAGUGAAAAAUCACACGUCUGAGUCAACCCCCGGCAAGCCUUGCAGGGCGCUGUCGCUGAGGUAGCCAACCAUCCAGAAUUCAGGAUAGAUCCCCGUUGCCAUCCACCCUUCUGGUGGUCCCUGGCCACCAAAAUUCCCCAUGGACACCUGUGGAGGUGUGAUUAGUCAGGAGCUCCUGGUUUGGCAGCAUCCUGGGCUUGAUCCAUGGGCUGUAGAGGUGUCGUGGCCCCGAGGAAAAGCGUUCCACUCCAACAUUCCCGCGUUGUGUCGGAGCUGCAGUGCCGUACCAGGUGGUGGCUGCUGAGGUGGGUAUUGAGUUAGAGGGGUGCGUUUCCAGAGCAGUGCUUGGUCACCAGCUGUUGUCCAGGACGCCGUGGCUUUUUGGUACAGCAGUAAAAAAAACCAACAAACCUUUUCUCUUUGAAUUUCAAGUCAGGGGUCUGUUUUCUGCCAAGCUACCCCCCACCGUUUCAAAUGUAUUUUAUUCUCCUUUUCUUUCCACUGGUCCCGUUCCGCUCCGCUCAACAGCUGCCGCAUUUAAUCCCAGAAGCUGCAGUUGGUAGGGAGCAAAGUGAUCUCCAUAUAACCUCUCUCUUACUCAUAAGCGUGCAUUAUGAAGCUUAACCGAUGGUAAUAAAAUGUUUUGCUUUCAACAUGCUGUCCCUGUGGUCCAAUGUUCCCGUCUUCAGGCUCCAUCGUUACGGCGGGGCGAUGGAUCGGAGCUGUUCAGCUGCUCCCCAGGAACGUGCCUGGGAAUGCUGGAUGUAGGCCUCAUGGAUUCCCAGCCAGGAGAGAUGGAGAAGGUGGAGCAGAGCCCUUUCCGUGGGUGGUGGCAUCCCCGGGUGCGAGCAGCUCUUGGAGGAAGAUCGUGUCUUGGCAGCCGAGGAAAGAGGCGCUGGGGGUCUUGCUUGGCCGAGACCCAAGUGCAGGUUUUCCCGUCUCCGUAAGAUUGUCUGGCAAUGCAAUCUGGUGUGAGAGCCUCUUCGGGGACCGCGGCGCUACGUAGGGGGAGCGGGAACAGAUUGCAGUCCUGCUGCUUGGUCGGGUUUUCUUCAUCCCUUUCACAACCACUCUGCGGGUUCAUGGCUUUAUUUGGCUUCUUGUGUUUCCUGCCUGCUAAAAAAGGGCAUUUUCGUGCCACCCUGCACGAUGGAUGUUUUCGUCCAGGCGGGAAAAAGGAUGUUUCUCAUCCACGUUUAAGUAACCGUACAAAAUGUGGAAAGUCUGCUUUAGGAAUUUCAUUUUUGUUUACACGCCAUUGAUGCUUUUAUUAAAAGCAUCUUUUCACGUAUAAAUAAUUUAGAGGUCAUAUGAUUUUCCUGCUCUAAACCCAAAGCAGGGAUUUCAAAGCAGGGAUCUCCAAGCAUCAUUUCUGUGUCACGGUGGGUUGCAUCAGCCCUAGAGCUGUAUUUUUGUUGAACAGGACGGGGUUUUUCCAUAGCUGAGGUUUACAGCGUUUGGUUUCAAAGAGGAAUUUCCCAGACAGAGCCCCCCAGAAGGUAUCAGAAUACAUGGCUUUGUCAGGCAACGAUUGCAGCUUUUUUCUGGAGAUUGCCAUUUUGUAAAUAAGCUUCUUCUCGAGCAGCACGGCUACAGCUACGAAAGAUGGAUGAUUAUUUCUUCCCAGAAUGGGUCUUCCGCUGCAGGAUCUGGUUUUUAUUGCGAUAAUUAGCAUAGAAUUAAAAAUGGCCCCGCAUCUUCAGCUUGCACGGUAGUGCCUCUGGUACUGAGCAGUCUGGGAUGGUGUUUUCCUUGGAAAUAGGCUGUGUCUGGGAAUCACUUGAUUCACCACUGAAAACCAGUGCACAGAUAUCUGCAGCCUCCAAUGCAGCAAAAGCCUCCACUUCCAAAGAUAAAUUAUUGCCCCUAAUAAACUUUCAAAUCAGUUGUUUUUUGGAGACUGGAAAAGUUGCUGAGGAUAUUUAGGUGAAAAUUUAAUGCGGCGGCCGGAGCGGGGUUUUAAAAAUGCCUUUAAAUCCCGGAGCUCGGGUUAAAGGUGAGGUCACGGGCAAGCAGACAGCUUUUUCUCCUAAAAAACCUGUAAUAGCUUUUCUUUUUAAAAAUUUAACAGGAUUGCCAGCCCAGGUGGAGGGACAACAGUUAUUUAGGAUUGUCACACAUGGACGACAGUGUAUCCGUAGGAGAAGCGAAUGCGGCACGACGCGUAAACUUCCUUGUGAGAGCCGUGCAGGAAAUUACUGUGCAAUUGGACGCGGUGUCCUAGCAUUAGAUUUAUUAUCCACUUCCAAAUCAUCUGCCAAAAAUCCUUUCAAUCGGAAGGCAGGAAAGAACAUGUUAUAAAAAGACCUGGGAAAGGAAUAGUUUUGGCACGGGCAUUUUCAGGCUGGUAAUUGUCCAUGCCUGCAGUGUUUGGGUUUGGUCUCAGCACCGAGGUCAACGCUACUUAAACCAAACGUGAUCCCCGUGCCAGGGUAUGGCACACGGUGAGAUGUGCCAGUCUUGCAGGAUCAGGCUUGAAUACAGCCCUGGAAGAUUCUUCCUUGCCCUGAGUCUCUUGCUCAGCAAUUGCUUUUAAUCCUGCAAGAUUAGGGGAAAGCUGUGCUGUGCAAGCUGGUACUCUUUUCCCCCUUGGGGGACUUGUUCCUUGCUGGGCGGCAGGGUCAUGUCCGCAUCCACGUGCGUGUGUGCAUUCCUCAGACUGGAUAUAUCUGUAGCUAUCAUUCCUGAAGUUUCUUGUCUGGAUGGUGGACUGAGAUGGUCGCAUUUCCCCACCAUGUACCUCAUUGCCCUCCUCACAGCGGGGCACUGCCCAUAUCCCACUGCAGUUCUUUCCAGGCUCCUUUCUUUCCAGCUGGAUGCCUGCAAAGGUGGAUCUACAUCCCUAUCACCUGUAUGCACGACCUCGCUUUUUGCAUGUUAAAUCCACGGCAGUAAUGGAAAUAAGUGACCUGAGUUUGUAGCUCUGUUUUUACUCCUGGGAUAUUAGUGCUGGAAAACCAUCUCCCUAGUGCUUGGUCUCUGAUGAGAAACAUGUCUGCAGCUGUACCUGCAGCAUCCCCAGCAUAUCCUGCCAGCUCCAGGAAGUCAAUACUUUUGACUUGAAAAGAUCUUUCUCCAUAAAAAGGAUCCACACCCACCUUGGGCACACCAGAUGUUGCCUUGUAAAACACUUGGUGGCAAUGCAUGCAGGGCCUGGUGAGCCAGUUUGCUGUUCUGUGACCCUUUUUUGGGGUGCCUGCUGAAACACAGUGAGAACUGAAGGUUCUGCUUUCCCCUUUUCUCAUUUGUCACUUUUCUUUUGGGAGAAAACACCCUAUUAUUGCCAGUGCUGAGCUGCCAAGGGAAGGGGGCAGGAGGGCACUGCUGGAACACGUCCCUGCUUACAAGAGGCACUUCCAGCCCAGGGUGAGGACUGGGACCAGCACAGUCCUUAGCAGGGAGAUUUCCUGCACUCUCUUUCCAGUGGGAUUUCCUGCACCCUGUUCCCAGCAAGCAGAGCCAUUGCUUUUCUAGCACGAGUGUAAAGGUAGGGCUGGGUGAUGGAGCAGUUGCUGGGAAGUGUGUGUUGACUGGGACAAACAGGUGACAGCCUGUCACCUGUUGGGAUGAAUCCUCCUUUCCCAGCCUCUUUCCAGGAGCGUGCUGAUCCAAAGUCCUUCUCUGGAGCUUUUUUCUUCACGAAAAUGAAGCGGGGCCGUCAGCAACGUCAGUGUUUACCAGACCACCUUCGUCGUCUCGUCCUUGCAUUCGUUGUCCUUUGACUGGUAGAGUGGUUAAGAGAAACAAGCCAGCUUAAUGCAUGGUCAGAAAGCUACAAUUAACAAACCACAAAUAAGUAGGUAAAUAGGCUAAGCUGUAAGAUAGCGUGUAAGAGGAGGCAGUCUGCCUCUGUAAAGUGCAUGAUAAGCAUCGGCCAAGCUUGUUGCAGACACUGGGCAAGGCUGCUUUCGCUAGACUUUGAGUAUCCUAGUUGCAAAGGCUCGUCAGUGUUCCUAAAGGCUCUUGGUUUUGGAGUGGGGUCGUCUCUUGUUUUCUGUGCGCUGUGACCACUUGCUUCCCGAACGGGUUCGUAGUGAUGGACUUAAUGGAGCUGUUCUUUAUAGUGACCUAAAAGGUGUCAGUCGUUUGCUCGUGUGUGUUCACAAGCUGAGCCGUGGCGUUGCGCGUCCCUCCGCAGUGGUGUGGUUUGAAGCACUUUUGGUGUGGCAUGUGCAGUUGCAGUGCUGUCUGUUUUUAAUUUCCCCCCCACCCUGGGAUGCCCUCCCCGUGUUCCCCCGUGUUUCGGACACUGAACCAAACCGACGUUGGGACUAGCACUUUAAGUACUAGUAGUCACUUUGCUUCGGACUAAACUGAGCACUGCACUUUUGUACGUACUGUUAGCACUGAGUUUGGAACUCUCUUCUUUUCCCCAUCUAUUUCCCCUCCUUGGCGCAGUGUUAAUGACCUAGGGACCAUCAGAAGAAAAUGUUGAGGUGUGUUGGACCACUGUCUGGUGCCUGAUUUCCAUUACAUAUCCAUUAGCAAUUUGAUAGUAGGGAAUUUACCUAUCCAAGCUUAUUUUACACGACAGAACCAACACCUAAAUCACUGAAGUCCAGGCAGACGUGGUUGUUUAUAAACUUGGAGGUCACCCGGAGCCCCGAGCGUGUGGCUUUUAAAAACACCAAAGACGGGGGAAGGAGAAGUCUCAGAAGGGAUUGGGAUGGUGCAAGAGCAUCUCCUUGCCUCCUGCAACUGAGCGGAGCAGGAGUUGCGGGGCAGACGCUCCCGUGUGUGGUGUGACACCCCGGUGAGUCCAGGGGCCGAGCCCAGUUCAAACCAGUCUGAGAUCCUGGUACCAGUAAAGGCUGCGCUCAAGCCGUUGCAAUAAAAGCCGUCACUGUGCCUGCACUGGGAGUGCUGUUGGGAUUGGUCAUGGGCUCCAACUGCAAAAGGUAUUUUUAAGUGGAAAAGGUUUAGAAGAUGGAGCAUAAUAACCCUGGGGUUUGCUGUUGAAUUUGGAAAGCGUUGUUGGGAGUUGAUCAGCUCUCGUGUUCAGAGGCGGUUCAGAUGUGCUAUUCCUGUUAAAUUCCUGUAGUAUUCCCGUAUGGAAGGCCAGGGAUCAGAGCUCCCUUGCCAGCAAGAAAGCAGCAGGGUAGAGUUAGUAGGAAACAUAGUCAGAAAUCUCUAGGAUUCGAAAUGGGAUGGUGAUCCCUGGGAUGCUGAAUAAUCUGGGUUUUGACGUCCCAAACCACCCACUCCUGACCAAUUUGGUGGGGUUUUGCUUCUUUAAAAGCCCCUGUGGGUUUUCCAUGGCAGCAAAUAAAUCAUGGUGGGUGUGAGAGCUGCGUGUUCCCUUCACGCCGGGGUAUCUGCACUUGGGACUGCUGCUCAUCAUCCUUGACGAGCCCACAGUCAAUCCAAAUCCUUCUCUGGCAAUCCUCCGUGAUGGGAGUUUCUCCCCGGUGACACUUGAUGGAUAAACCCUGCCAGCACAGCAUGAUCAGUGUGAAUGCAGAGAAGGAAAUUAGGUCUUCUCCUUCACUGCUGCUAGCAAGGGGCCGUCAUGGAAAUAACCUUCAGCAGCAAAAAGAAAUGGGUGUGUUGGGUUUCCCUGUUGCAGGAGAUGGAGGAGUUUUCCUGAACAACUCCAGUUUUAGUGGCUGGUUUUCCUUCAAUAGACCUUCAGGGGCUUGGGUAUUCAGUGGGUACCCAAGAUGGUUAAAAACCCCAAAUCUUGAGCAACCCCAAGUGUUAUGCUCUUACAUCCUCUAUCACUGGAUGCAAAACAGAAAUAGAAUCCACGCUUUGGGUUGGUUUCGGGUUUUUUUCUUCCCCCCCAACCCCCCCUGCCCCCUCCAUCAAAUUAUCCCUGCAAAUUUAGCUUUAAAGAAAUAGCACCAGGCAAUGCUGCUGCUCUGUCUGAGCCCCAAAAUUACAGUGGCUGAGGGAACAGCCUCUUCAGAAAGUACCUCGGUGACUCAGAGCCCACAUCCUGCUCACUGUCACCAGGAUAAAGGCAAACCAUUCAGAAAAUUCCUGCGCCCCCCUCCCCUCCCCCAGCAAGCCCACAAGUCUCAUUGAGUCCUUGGAAAUGAACUUGGGAGAAAGGGGGAAGUGGAACAGGUAUUUUUGUCUUGCUUUCCCCGUCAGGUGUAGUUUUUUGUCCCUUGGAGAUGGCAUCUCAUCCUUUGGGAAGGUGGAAUGAAGCGUUUUUUUCUCCUGCCUGUCACACUUGAGGCCUGAAUGCAGAUCCUAGCACAGCACCUUUUGCUCUGGAAGGGCCUUUUAGGUGGAAAAAAAAGGAUUUUUAGUUGUUUGGGUUUUCAGAUAGCUCAUGGGAAGCGCAUUGUAACAGCACACAGGUGGUGUUUUACCAACCUUUUCUGUUCCUCCAAGAGAGACUUUUUAAUUUACUUCAGUAGUUUAGAGUUCGUUUCCUUGAAAGUCUUUUUGGACCCAUGAAAAUGCCCUUGAAAUGAGUCAAGUUUAUCAAAGCAAAAUUGUGCACACACCCAUGCACUGGCCUGCGUGUUCGUGCUUGUCUCCCUGGGUGUGUAUACACAUAGAGAAAUAUAUUAUUUCCCAAAACAUUCCUUUUUUUAAUUUUUUUUUUUUUUUUUUUUUUGGGGUUGGUUUGGUUUUUCUGGAUUUGUUUUCCCCCACCCCCAGGAUAUUAACCAAAAGGUGUUUUAAAGUCAUGGCAUGAAAACUCCUAAAUGUAAAUCUGAGUACCUUGUGAUGCUAAUUAACAGGUUUUUUCCUGAAACUUUAUGUGAUGCUUAAUAUUUUCCUUAGGAAGUUUUGUUUAAUGUUAGAUCAUUGUUCUGGAGGAUGUUGGUCCUACUGGCAUUAAACUAAUGGAAAUAAAAUGCAUGUGUUACAAGUGUAGAAACGGUGAAGAAUUAAGUGUGAGCUUACUGUACGAUACUGAUUCUGUUUUCAAACAAUCUGUUUUGCUGUUCAAUAGUUGACAUAUGGAAAUGCCAAUGUACUGUAAUUUAGCACUUUUCCAACGGACCCUGUUCUCACUACGCCCGAGGGAAGAAGCAGGUUUGGCUCGAGGCCGGCUGAACGCAGCCUCUGAUCCCAUUUCUGCGAGUUUUGGCACCAGAGCCGGCCAGGUGGAUCUUAAACUGGAGGUUUUCGCAUCGGUUCGCUGGCUGGCACAGGGCGGAGCGGGGUGGCUCUUCCAUCCCUGUGGCCAAACCAGGACGAUUGUGCAACUUGGUGUGGUGAAAGGUGUCCCUGCCCACGGCAGGGAGGGUGGAAUUGGAUGAUCUUUGAGGUCCCUUCCGUUCUGGGGUUCUAGGAUUCCCUGAUUUGGACGCAGCCCUCGCUGUGGGUGGAUGGACUGGUGGCACUGCGCUCCACCAGCGCAUCCCCCCGGGAGCCAGGCUGGCACAGGGCUGUCCGAGCUGGGGUGGGAGAGCGGCCGAAAUCCGAGGGCAGAAGGGACAGCCCACCAGCCACCCCUCUCCAGCCCAAACCCUCCUUUCCUAGUGCUAACAGGGUGCAAAGUGUUACUUGUCAUGUACUGUACUGAAAGGGUUAAUUGAUCAGUGGCUGUAUUGUACUGUAUGAAAACUCAUGAAUUGCCUUGUAUUGUUUCUAAUGGACUGUUCCAUGUCUCCCCACGGCCCAUUCCCACCUUUCCCAAAGGACGCGUGUGCUCAGUUAGGUCCUCCAAACUCUCUGGUGCUAACUCCUCCGUAUCCGAUGGUGCUCCUGCGGACGCUAACUGACCACAUGCCCGUCCCCGGCUUGAAGCUCACCACGUCUUUCUUGUCUGUUUGUAUCGAGUCUCCCACACACACACCCCCCCACACACAUGUGAGAAAAAUUAAGGAUAAACUUGAAUUUGUUUCAAAGCCUCAUUGACAAUCUAAUGUUUUCUAUGUCUGCUUUUAUUUUGGGAUGGUUUUUCUAGAAAGCAGCCCGCCAGCACCUUCGCCCCGGGAGGGGAUUUCGUCCUGUUCACUCCUCUGGCAUCCGAGGUGAGCUCCUCCCUCGCUGGCUUUUCAGGUUCAGCCACUGGAGGUUGAGCCAUCAGGAGCCAGUGAGGAAGAGGAGGUGCAGGUGCCUUCAAAGAUGCCCAACCCUAAAAAGCAUCUGGGAUCCUCAUGACUGC